AUGGCAGACACAGGCGAGCCUGUCAAGCCUACUCGCAUUCCGCAUUGGCGCCUUAUCAUCGACCAAGCGAUACUUACUCAGGAGGUCAUUGAUCACCCUUACGCUGGCUCCGGCACUGAAGAUGACCCUUAUCUCGUCACAUGGCUCCCCAAUGAUUCACGAAAUCCUAUGAAUUUCCCAGAUAGCCGAAAAUGGUUUUACACAGUAACAGUGGCCCUGGCGACCUUAGCGGUAUCGCUAGUGUCUUCUGCAUAUACCGGCGGCGUGGACCAAAUUAUGGAACAAUUCCACUGCGGUACAGAAGUAGCCACGCUGGGAGUAUCCUUGUUCGUGGUAGGAUUCGCCAUCGGCCCGUUACUCUGGGCGCCCAUGAGUGAGCUAUAUGGACGACAGUACCUUUUUAUCGGCAGUUACUGUGGGUUGACAGUGUUCAACGCAGCUUGUACAGGGUCAAAAAAUAUCUGGUCACUUAUCAUCUUCCGCUUCUUCGCAGGUUCUUUUGGAUCGUCGCCGCUGACCAACGCUGGCGGAGUGAUUGCAGAUAUGUUCCCAGCCAGCCAGCGUGGUAUAGCAAUGAGCGUGUUUGCAGCUGCCCCAUUCCUAGGCCCAGUGCUUGGCCCAAUUAUUGGAGGGUUCUUAGGCAUGGAGAAAGGUUGGAAGUGGGUGAUGGGCUUCUUAGCCAUUUUCUCGGGUGCUCUCUGGAUUGCUGGGGCAGUCUGUGUUCCGGAGACUUAUGCCCCUGUCCUUCUGCAGCGGCGGGCAGCAAAACUCUCUAAAGUUACCGGAAAAGUCUACCAAAGUAAGAUCGAGGUAGACCAAGGAAAGAAAACACCCAAGGAAGCUUUUCAGAUCGCCCUAUCCCGACCGUGGCUCCUACUAUUCCGUGAACCGAUUGUGCUCUUGUUGUCGAUCUAUAUGGCUAUUAUUUAUGGUACCCUCUAUAUGAUGUUUGCAGCCUUUCCCAUUGUCUACCAAGGUCAGCGAGGAUGGAACCAGGGUGUUUCUGGUCUGGCCUUCCUGGGAAUUAUGGUUGGAAUGCUUCUUGCGGUAGCCUACACACUCUGGGAUAAUAAACGUUAUGUGAAAACUCAGGCACGCCACAAUGGAUUUGCACCCCCCGAGGCUCGCCUGCCCCCUUGCCUGAUUGCCUCGGUUGUUAUACCAAUUGGUCUUUUCUGGUUUGCCUGGACGAAUUACCCAUCCGUUCAUUUCAUGGCCAGUAUCGCAGCUGGUGCACCGUUUGGGUUUGGUAUGGUGCUGGUCUUCCUCAGCUUGAUGAAUUACUUGAUUGAUGCCUAUACAAUAUUUGCUGCGUCCGUGUUGGCUGCCAAUUCCGUGCUUCGUUCAAUCUUCGGUGCUGUUUUCCCGCUCUUCACCACAUACAUGUACAAUGAUCUAGGUGUGCACUGGGCCUCCAGCAUCCCCGCAUUCCUAGCUCUCGCGUGCGUCCCGUUUCCGUUUCUCUUUUAUAAGUACGGCCCAGCGAUUAGGACGCGGUGCAAAUAUGCAGCGCAAUCAGACGCUUUUAUGAAGAAGUUGAUGGAACAAAGCACCGAUGUUCCGGCAGAGACAGACACUGAGAAGAAAUACGAGAACAUUGCCACGGAAGGGUCGAAAGAGGUGGAUGAUACACCAUCUGAGCCCACCCCAGCGAGCUCGCAACUGGAUGAUCUCCCGUCUACCUCCAAGUAUGACCGAAGAAAGUCUAUAGCAUCACAGGCGUCGCGCCGGUCUGAGGGAAUAAAUUCCCAGACCGUGUAUGAUGCGAAUCCCUAUGACAUUGAUCGAGUCAACACCCGCGAGUCAUUCAAAUAG